UUAACCUUGAUAAUGAGAAUGGAGCAGAAGACAUGCCGACCUUAAUAGACCGAAAGGACAAUGUCUUCAUUAUGUCCAAUGCCAAGUCAAAGUUUCCUGUGUUACAGUUGGAUUUAAGAUUCAUAUCUGAUCUGGUAGUUGUCAUUGUCUCUGCAACUUGUGGUGGAAUUGCCUUUGCCUGCGCUGGACAACCGGUCAUAACUGGAUAUUUGCUAGCAGGAUCUGUGAUUGGACCAGGUGGUUUUAGUUUCGUCAGUGAAAUGGUUCAA